AUGGCUGGGCCCAUACAGUCUCGGCCAUAUAUACAUGGCCACGAAGCAGCAGCGGCACAACCCAUGCAGCAGCUAUCGCCUACCCCAUACUGUCCUGAAAGCGAGGGCAUCAAAGUCAUUCAACAGUAUGUGCCCACUAUUGCUGAAGAAAACAGCCCUGGUGAGGACUACGCUCGGGAAGAGGAUAUAUGGGACUACGACCUUAUUAGCGCUGUAGGCAUCAAAGCAAGCGCCAAGAAAAGACGGGCGGCCGUGGUGUACCACGUGAAGUGGAAAGGUUUCUCCAUUAGCGACAUGACUUGGGAGCUAGAGAGUCACUUGCCCUGA